CUCUCUCUUUCUCUCUCUCGCUGUCUCUCUCUCUCUUUCUCUCUCUCUGUGUGUGUGUGUGUGUGUAAUGUUGAUUCCUGUGGUGGAAUGCGUUCUCUGCCUGCAGUGAGUUGCAGUUGUCUCUGUGUGUUUGUCUAUUAUCACACUGUGUGUUUGUGUCUGUGUGUGUGUGUCCAUUUGUCAUUGUGUGUGUGUGUAUGUUUCCCUGUCUCGCUCACCGCUCGCCCGGCUUUGUCAGCACGUCAGCCGUAAAAACAGGCAGAGGAAAGUCUCCAGCUCCAGGGAUUGUCGCUGCACAAUGAGCCUGAGAAUUCGCUUCAUCUUCCCACAAAAAGCCAGACCACAUCCCUCUCCGGAUGGAAGAGUGAUGAUGGGAUGGAUGUGAAUAUGGGCCAGUGGGCCUACACAGGCAUGCGUGCCCCUCUCCUCUGCCUGGCCCUGUUGCUGCUGCUGCUCUCCCAGCCUGCCCCCUGCUGCUGCCAGGACAGCCAGGGUUCUCCCCAGGGCCCCGCCGACGGCCCUCGAUUUCUCUUCACGCAGUCCGUCUAUCAUGCCACUGUCUACGAGAACUCGGCAGCGCGCACAUACGCCAACAGUAAAGUUAAAAUGGGCAUCCACCUGGCCCAGCGCUCCUGGGAAAUCCGUUACAGGAUCACCUCCGGGGAUGAAGAAGGCUUCUUUAAAGCAGAGGAGUACAUGCUGGGAGAUUUCUGCUUCUUACGCAUAAGGACUAAAGGCGGCAACGCAGCCAUCUUGAAUCGAGAAAUCCAGGACAGCUACUUACUGACAGUGAAAGCCUCCAUCAAGGGGGAGGUUCUGGAGACCUGGACCAAAGUGACUGUCCAGGUCCUGGACAUGAAUGACCUCCGACCUCUAUUCUCACCCACCACAUACUCAGUCACCAUCGCAGAAAGCACCCCCCUCAGGACUAGCAUAGCACAAGUUACAGCCACUGAUGCAGACGUCGGCUCCAACGGGGAAUUUUACUACUUCUUUAAGGAGAAAAUGGAGCUGUUUGCCGUGCACCCAACUAGCGGUGUGGUCUCCCUCAGCGGGAAACUGAACAUUGAGGAGCAGAACCGAUACGACCUAGAAAUCCAGGCGGUGGACCGCGGGAUGAAGUUGUAUGGCAAUAACGGUGUGAGCAGUACGGCCAAGCUCUUUGUGCAUGUAGAGCGUGUCAACGAGCAUCUGCCAGUCAUGAAUGUGGUCACCCAUGUCCCCUCGUGGUUAGACAAGGACCCUGUGUAUGCAGUGGUCACUGUGGAAGACCUGGACGAGGGGUUAAAUGGAGAGAUUGAGUCCUUGUCCAUAGUGGCCGGAGACCCUAUGGAGCAGUUCACUCUGGAGAGGUCAGAGGGCAAUGAGUUCGCUAUCAAGGCAUCUGACCAAGUGGACUGGGAGAACUUCCCAUAUGGAUAUAACCUCACACUUCAGGCUAAGGACAAGGGUGCCCCGCAAAAGUUUUCUUCGGUCAGGGUUGUGCACGUCAUCGUGAAGAAACCACAUGCUGUGGAAGUGAAAUUCGAACAGGAGUCGUACGAAAUUAGUCUCAAUGAAAUCUCACCCCCAGGCACGAUCGUAAAGGUGGUGAAAAUCACCCCUGAGCCGGACGAUGCGGAAUAUAUUCUGACCCCCUCGGCAGACUCCUCCUACUUCCGGAUGAACACCCUAACGGGCGUGAUCUCAACUGCUCGCUGGUUCAUGGAGUGCACCAAGGACGUGUUUGACCUGGAAGUGGUGGAGGUGGACAGCGAGCUGAGGGUCAAAGUUCGGGUCUCCAUCGAGGACGCCAACGACAACACCCCAACAUUCACUCAGCUUUCGUACGAGGUGUUCGUCAACGAGAGCGUUCCCGUGGGAUGGACCGUGCUGGCGGUUUCCGCUGUGGAUGGUGAUAGCGGGGAGAAUGGAUACAUAACAUACAGCAUAGCCAGCCUUCAGCCCCUGCCCUUCAAAAUCAACCAGUUCUCUGGAAUCCUCACCACCACACAGGAGCUGGACUUUGAGUCCUCGUCUGAGAGCUACGUGUUUGUGGUCAGGGCCUCUGACUGGGGUUCCCCUUAUAGACGAGAGAAUGAAGUCAAUGUAACUGUCCAUCUGGAGAAUGUGAACGACAACCAACCCUUAUUCGAGAAGGUGGCGUGCCAGGGACUAGUCUCUCGGGACUUCCCCAUCAAUGAGGUAAUCACCACCAUGUCUGCCAUCGACAUAGACGAGCUGGAGCUGGUGAAGUACAAGAUCCUGGAAGGGAAUGAGGGGGGCUUCUUUGACCUGAACCCUGACUCAGGGGUCCUAACCCUACGGAGGUCCCUCUCCACUGCCAGUCCAAAAAAUGGAAUCUUCAGUUUGAAAAUAACCGCCACAGAUGGAGAGAACUUCUCCGACCCGAUGUUCGUGAACAUUUCUAUAGUUCAUGGGAAAUCUUUCCCCAAGAGCUUCAACUGUAGGGAGACCAGAGUCGCCCAAAAGUUAGCUGAGAAAUUACUAAAUAAGUCCAAAGCUAGAACCAAGCCCAAGAUCGAGGAAGGGUUCAUUGACCUUUUCUCCGUCAACAGACAGACACCACAGUUUGAUAAGGCCUUUCCCACAGAUAUAUCAGUGCACGAAGACCGAAAGGUCGGGUCCAGUGUCUUCAAGGUCAACGCCUAUGACGGCGACACAGGUUUUAACGGUCAGAUGUUGUAUGCCAUCUCAGAUGGAAACACAGACAGCUGUUUCACGAUCGACAUGGAGAGUGGGCUGAUCAGCGUCUUCCUGCCCAUGGACAGAGAGAAAAGAGACAGAUACCUCCUCAACAUCACUAUCUACGACCUGGGCCUGCCACAGAAAACCUCUUGGCGUCUGCUCACCGUCUACGUAGAAGAUGCCAAUGACAAUGCACCUCAGUUCCUGCAGGAGGGAGGCUAUAGAACCUUCAUUCCCGAAAACACAGCCAUCGGCACCGAUGUCAUUCAGGUUGAGGCCACUGAUAAAGACCUGGGGCCUAAUGGAGAGAUUGUCUACUCCGUCCUGACCAGCACCACCCAGUUUGGCAUCAACAGCUCCAACGGGAUUGUGUACGUUGCCGGCCAGCUGGACAGGGAGUUCGUCUCCACCUUCAACUUGAAGAUUGAGGCUCGUGACCGUGCAGAGAAAGGGAACCAGAAGUUUUCAGUCACCACUCUGAAGAUAUCUCUAGAGGACGUUAACGACUGCCCUCCGGCAUUCAUCCCCAGUGUCUACAACACCCGGGCCCUGGAGGAUCUGCCAGUGGGAACUGUAGUGGCCUGGCUUGAGACCCAGGACCCAGACCUUGGCCUGGGUGGCCAGGUUAGAUACUCCCUGGCCAAUGACUACAACGGGAAGUUCGAGGUGGACAAGGCCAGUGGGGCCAUCCGUCUGACCAAGGAGCUGGACUACGAGACGCAACAGUUCUACAACCUCACGGUGAGAGCCAAGGAUAAAGGGAGACCUGUCUCGCUCCUGUCUGUCACCUUCGUGGAACUAGAGGUGGUAGAUGUAAACGAGAACCUCUACACUCCCUACUUCUCCCACUUUGCCCUUACGGGAUCGGUGAAGGAGAGCGCCCGCAUCGGGACCACCGUCCUCCAAGUCACGGCCCGAGAUGACGAUGAUGGUAGAGAUGGGGAAAUCCAGUACUCUAUCCGGGACGGGAGUGGACUGGGACGAUUCGCCAUCGACGAAGAGACGGGUGUCAUCUACACCACAGACACUCUGGACCGCGAGACCAAGGACUCCUAUUGGCUGACUGUGUAUGCCACAGACCACGGGGUGGUGCCCCAGUUCGCCAUCAUGGAGGUGUACAUCCAGGUAGAGGACGUCAACGACAACGCCCCCCUGACCUCUGACCCUGUCUACCACCCCGUUGUCAUGGAGAACUCCCCCAAGGACCUGUCCUUCAUCCAGAUCCAAGCCCAGGACCCGGACGCCACGGGGGGAGCAGAGAGACUGAGCUACAGGAUAGCUAGUGGGAACCCACAGAACUUCUUCACCAUCAAUACCAGGACCGGUGUCAUCACUACCACGUCCAGGAAACUGGACAGAGAGCAACAGGCUGAGCAUGUUUUAGAGGUCACGGUGUCGGACGGCGGUCCCAGCCCCAAACACUCCACGGUGUGGGUGAUCGUCCACGUGCUUGAUGAGAAUGACAACAAGCCCACGUUCCCAGAGAAGGUGUACCAGAUCAAGCUACCAGAGAGGGACAGGAGGAAGAGAGGAGAGCCUAUCUACAGGGCCUUUGCCUACGACAGGGAUGAAGGAGUUAACGCUGACCUCUCCUACAGCAUCGUCGAUGGCAACGAGGACGGCAAGUUCUUCAUCGACCCCAAGACGGCGGUGGUGUCGUCACGGAAGCAGUUCACCGCCGGGAGCUACGACAUCCUCACUAUCAAAGCCACAGAUAAUGGCCGCCCCCAGAAGUGGUCGACGGCCCGCCUGCACAUCGAGUGGAUCCGUAAACCCUUGGCCUUGGCGAAUCCCCUCCUAUUCGACGAGCAGUACUACAACUUCACCGUCAUGGAGAGUGACAAGGUGGCCGAGAUAGUGGGUGUGGUCUCCAUGCAACAGAACUCCAAUCCCCUCUGGUUCGACAUCAUAGGUCCCAGGCCUUUCCGUGAGAUGUUCUAUAUACUGCAGACCGCUUGUGGCAGGAACUGUUCCACAGAAGGCGGUAACACUGACAGUCUGUUUGACAUAGAGAAGGGCGUGGGCACCAUCAUCAUCGCUAAACCUCUGGACGCUGAGCAGCGCUCCUUCUACAACAUGACUGUGGAGGUGACGGACGGGACCAACUCUGCAGCCACACAGGUCCACAUCACAGUGUUGGACAACAACGACAACGCGCCUGUCUUCUCCCAGCCCACCUAUGACAUCACCAUCUCUGAGGACACGCCCCCGGAGACGGAGGUGGUCCAGGUGUUAGCUUCGGACCGUGACGAGCGCCACCGUCUCACCUACUCCCUCCACAGCGCCAUCGACCCCUCCAGCCUGCGUCUGUUCCGUAUUGACCCCAACACUGGCACGGUGUAUACUACAGAGAGACUGGACCACGAGGCUAGAGCACAGCACAUCCUCACUGUCAUGGUAAAAGACCAGGAGUUUCCGUACAGGAGGAACCUGGCCCGAGUUUUGGUGGAUGUGGAGGAUGUUAAUGACCAUGUCCCAGUGUUCACCAGUGCUCUGUACGAGGGUUCGGUCUAUGAGUCUGCAGCAGUGGGCUCUGCUGUGCUCCAGGUGACUGCCCUGGACAAAGACAAGGGAGAGAACGCAGAACUCCUCUAUACCAUGGAAUCAGGCAACACAGGGAACACGUUCCGGAUUGAACCGGUUCUGGGGAUCAUCUCUGUGGCCCGCGAGCUCGACCUCUCCACCAUCGGCUACUACGUCAUUACCGUCAGAGUCACCGAUAACGGCUCCCCGCCACUCUUUGCCACCUCUGUGGUUCGCAUCGCCGUCACGCUCUCCGACAACGCCGGACCCAAGUUCCCCCAGACCGAGUACCAGGCCGAGGUCACAGAGAACGUUGCCGUGGGAACCUCUGUCACCACAGUAAGCGCCAUGAGCCAAACCACGCUGACCUACGACAUCCGACAUGGCAACAGCGAACGCACCUUCAGGAUCAACCAGUACAGUGGCGUGAUCACAACUCAGAAACCCUUGGACUAUGAGACCACAGCAUCUUACAACCUGAUCAUCCAGGCCACCAAUAUGGCAGGCAUGGCCUCCAACGCCACCCUGCUCAUACGGGUGGUGGAUGAAAACGACAACCCACCUGUGUUCCAGCUGCUGUGCUACCAGGGUAGUAUCAGCGAGGCGGCGCCCAUCAACAGUGUGGUCCUGAACCCAGACAAAACACCUCUGGUCAUCAAGGCCACUGAUGCUGACCGCAACCAGAACGCUCUCCUGGUCUAUCAGAUCGUUGAGGACACAGCCAAGAUGUUCUUUACAGUGGAUUCUGGCACCGGCUCCAUCAGAACUAUCGCCAACCUGGACCACGAGACGUUUGCUAGUUUUAACUUUCAUGUUCAUGUGAGAGACAGUGGGAGGCCUCAGCUGACGGCGGAUAGCCCCACCGAGGUCACCAUCCAGGUGAUCGACACAAACGACUCUCCACCUCGCUUCACCCAAGACACCUACGAAACUGUCCUGCUGCUGCCCACCUAUGUAGGAGUGGAGGCAUUACAGGUCUCAGCUAUGGACCCAGACCAAAACGUCCCCACAGAGCUCACCUACUCACUUACAGAUGGCAACCUGGAGCACUUUGCCAUCCAGCCCUCCAGCGGCAUCAUCACCGUUAAAAACAACAACUUCUCCAAGGAACGCUUCCGCUUCAACGUCAAAGUGUCCGACGGUAAGUUCUCCAGCACUGCUCUAGUCACUGUUCUGGUCCGUGAGACGCUGGACUCUGGCCUCUUCUUCGCCCACAGCCUCUACUCCUCGUCCAUCCAAGAGAACAAUACCAACAUCACCAAAGUGGCCGUGGUCAACGCAGUGGGGAAUCGCCUCAACGAGCCCCUCAAGUACACCCUACUGAAUCCUGGGACACGCUUCCGGAUCCGAUCCACCUCUGGCGUCAUCCAGACCACUGGCAUUCCCUUCGACCGUGAGGAGCAGGAGUUCUAUGAGCUGGUGGUGGAGGCUGGGAGGGAGCACGACCGUCUGCGUGUUGCCAGGGUAAUGGUCAGGGUGCAGGUAGAGGACAUUAACGACAACGCUCCUGUGUUCGUGGGACUACCGUAUUACGCUGCCGUCCAAGUGGAGGCCGAACCCGGUUCGCCCAUAUUCCGGGUCACCGCCGUGGACCGUGACAAAGGCAUCAACGGAGAGGUGUCCUACUACCUGAAAGACGAUCACGGACACUUUGAGAUUGACAGGCUGACGGGCGGCCUCCGUCUGAAGAAGUCUUUUGAGUCUGACCUGUCCAACCAGGAGUACCAGAUGGUAGUUUACACCAAGGACGGAGGUUACCCUCCUCUUUCCUCCACCUUAGAGUUCCCCAUCACCGUGGUGAACAAGGCCAUGCCCGUCUUCGACAAGUCCUUCUACGCAGUGUCGGUGAACGAGGACGUAGCGGUACACACUCCCAUAUUAGGAAUCAACGCCACCAGCCCUGAGGGCCAGAACAUAAUCUACACCAUCGUGGAGGGAGACCCCUCUCUGCAGUUUGACAUCGGCUUUGACACCGGAGUCAUCAGAGUCAUCAACUCCCUGGACUAUGAGAUCGCCCCAUCCUUCCGUCUGACCGUCAGAGCCACAGACUACCUGACCGGCGCCCGUGCUGAGGUGGACGUAGAUGUCACAGUUAAUGAUGUCAAUGAUAACCCUCCGGUGUUUGAGAGAACGUCCUAUAAGGCAGUUCUGUCUGAGACUGCCAUGAUCGGCACUCCGGCUCUGCAAGUGGUGGCUACCGACAAAGACUCUGAGAAGAACAACAUUGUACGCUAUCAGAUAUUCUACCCCACAGAUGCUUACAACAGCACCGACCACUUCCACAUCGACAGCAGCAGCGGCCUCAUCUUGACCGCCCGCAUGCUCGACCACGAGCUGGUCCAGCGCUAUGACUUCAUCGUCAGGGCAACCGAUAACGGCUUCCCACCGCUGAGCAGUGAAGUGUCGGUCACGGUGGUGGUGAAUGACAUGAACGACAACCCUCCGGUGUUCAACCAGCUUCUCUACGAGGCCUAUGUCAGCGAACUGGCCACGAGGGGCUAUUUUCUGACCUGCGUCCAGGCUUCGGAUGCUGACAGCUCUGACUAUGACAAACUGGAGUACAGCAUCCUGUCAGGAAACGAGAGGAUGAACUUUGUGAUGGAUGGUAAGACGGGUAUCAUCACGUUGUCUGGUCACAGAAAGCAGAGGAUGGAGCCAGCCUACAGUCUGAAUGUAUCCGUCUCUGAUGGGGUGUUCACCAGCACAGCCCAGGUGCACGUCAGGGUCCUGGGGGCCAACCUCUACAGCCCUGUGUUUGGACUGAAUGCCUAUGAUGCAGAGGUACGGGAAAAUGCAGCAGUAGGAACCAAGGUGAUCCAGCAGGUAAGGGCGACCGAUGCUGACCCAGGAGUGUUUGGCCAGAUUACCUACUCAUUCGUGAACGACGUGGGCAAGGACCAGUUUAGUGUGGAUGCCAACGGUCAGAUCACCACCCUGGAGAAGCUGGACAGAGAGGACCCUGCCAACAAGGACAUUGUCCUUACGGUGGCGGCCCAGGACGGGGGUGGAAGGGCCUCCUACUGCACCGUCCGGGUCUCCCUGGUGGAUGACAACGACAAUGUCCCUCGCUUCAGAGCUACGGAAUACCGUGCUUCCGUCAAAUCCGACGUAGGCAAGGGCUUCUUGGUGACCCAGAUCCAGGCGUAUGAUCCUGACGACGGUGCCAACUCUAAGGUGACAUACUCGCUCUACAGCGAGGCACACGUACCCGUGGUGGAUAUGUUAGAGAUCGACCCUGACAACGGCUGGAUGGUCACCAAGGGGAGUUUCAGUCACCUGCGCAACUCAGUCCUGUCUUUCUUUGUCAAAGCAGUAGAUGGAGGUAUCCCUGUCAAGCACUCUUUAGUAUCAGUCUACAUCCACGUCUUGGCACCUGACGCCCUCAUUCCCUCCUUCACCCAACCCCAGUUCUCCUUUACCGUCCCAGAGGACACUCCUAUAGGAGCUGCCCUAGGGUCCGUCCGCCUCAUCACCCCACCAGGCUACGCCUCGCUGCCAGUCACCUUUGCUCUGGUCAACGGAGAGACCGGGGAGAACAACCAGGAUGGAGUCCUGGUAGUGGACAGGGACACUGGGGUCAUCAAGCUGGACAAGCCCCUGGACCACGAGGUCAUCACUGCCUUCCACUUCAAGGUCACGGCCACCGUGCAGCAGGCCAAGCUGGACUCUGUGACCAGCGUUGACGUAGAAGUCAAAGUCCUGGAUCUGAAUGACAAUAAGCCAGCAUUUGAAUCCAACUCCUAUGAGGCGACAGUGAUGGAAGGGAUGCCUAUCGGCACCAUGAUCAUCCAGGUUCAGGCUCUGGACCCAGACUCUGGAGCUAACGGACAGGUUACAUACAGCCUAGGCAUGUUGGCACAAUCCGAAGGGGAGCCGGACCAAUCUACACAGACCUUCACCAUUGACAGCAACACGGGCUGGAUCUCUACUCUCAAGGAGUUGGACCAUGAGAUGUACCCGUCCUACGCCUUCCUGGUGGUGGCCUCAGACCUGGGGGAGACUCUGGCCCUCUCCUCCACCUCCAUGGUGACCGUGGCCGUGUCGGACAUCAACGACAACCCGCCUAGAUUCCUGGAUGAGAGGUACUGUGGCUCGGUGCGCGAGAGCGACCCCCCUGGUGAGGUGGUGGCUGUGCUCAACACUAGAGACGACGACAGCUCUCGGGUGAACCGCCAAGUCAGCUAUCACAUCACAGGUGGGAACCCUCGGGGGGAGUUUGCCCUGGGGCAGGUGCAGGGUGAGUGGAAGAUGUACGUGAAGCGCCCACUGGACCGCGAGGAACAGGAACGAUACCUCCUCAACGUUACCGCUAGCGACGGCCUGUUCGUCACCAGGGCAACCGUGGAGGUGUCUGUGACUGACACCAACGACAACAGCCCUGUCUGUGACCAGGCUCUGUACACGGCCUCGCUCCCAGAGGAUAUCCCAGUCAACAGAGUGAUAGUGGGGGUUGGGGCCAGCGAUGCUGAUGUAGGGGUCAGUGCUUGGAUCCAGUACUCUCUACAUGGACCCGGCUCUGAAGACUUCAGCAUCGACCCAGACACUGGUGAACUAAAGACAGCCCAGGCCCUGGACAGGGAGAAGACCCCGGUGUACAGACUGGUUGCCCAGGCGACAGACGGAGGUGGUCGGUUCUGUCGUGCGGAGGUCCACCUGACGCUGUUGGAUGUGAAUGACAACCCUCCGGCGUUCUCUGCUCCCCACUACACUGCCAGUGUGUAUGAAGACACAGCCACCAAGGCCCUGCUCACACGCAUACAGGCCAUCGACCCUGAUGAAGGCGUCAGUCGUAAGGUGGUAUAUUCUCUGGCCGACUCUGCCGGCGGCUUCUUCUCCAUCGACAAAUCCUCUGGCGUCGUGGUCCUGGAACGUCCCCUAGACCGCGAACAGCAACCGUCCUACAUGAUCACGGUCAGAGCGUCCGACCAGGGCUCUCCUGUCCGCCUGUCCUCCCUGGUCAACGUGACCGUCACGGUCCUGGACAUCAAUGACAACCCACCGGUGUUUGAGCGGCGUGACCACCUCGCCACCGUGCCAGAGGACGUGGCGUUAGGGACGGAGGUGCUGAGAGUGUAUGCAGCCAGUAAGGACAUUGGAACCAACGCUGAGAUAACCUAUAGUAUCCGCUCUGGCAACGAGCACGGAAAGUUCCACAUACACCCCGUCACUGGUGCCAUUGCUGUGUCCAAGCCUCUGGACUUUGAGACGUGUAAAGACUACUUCCUUACUGUGGAGGCCAGAGAUGGUGGAAAACCGCCCCUAAGCGCCGUAACCAUGGUAAACAUCAACCUGACGGAUGUCAACGACAAUGCACCCAUGUUCAGCCGAGACGUCUAUACUGCUGUCGUAUCCGAGGACGCAACCAUCGGAGAGUCCGUUGUCAAGCUGACAGCUGAGGACGUAGACAGUCAGGUGAAUGGUGAUAUCCUCUAUUCCAUCGUCAGUGGUGACAGAGAGAACCAGUUCUUCAUAGAUCCUCUCUCUGGCAUGGUGAAGGUCAACAAACAGCUGGACAGAGAGACGGUGUCUGGUUACUCUCUGGCGGUCAGGGCUCUGGACAGUGGUGUUCCGCCCAUGUCGUCAACGGUGAUGGUCAACAUUGACAUCUCAGACAUCAACGACAGCCCGCCUACUUUCACCCCGGCCAAUCUCACCACUGUCAUACAGGAGAACAAGCCCAUCGGUACCAGCAUUCUGCAGCUGUCUGUCAUAGACCAGGACUCCUCCCAUAACGGCCCGCCCUUUGAGUUCCGCAUCUUAUCAGGGAAUGAGGGUGGAGAGUUUACACUGGAGUGGGAUGGAACUCUGCUAGCCAAUCAGGUGUUUAGGAAGGACUUGGCCAUGGAGUAUGUCAUCCAGGUGCAGGUAAGGGACUCAGGUAAGCCCCGUCUGUCCUCCUCUUCUACCCUGACGGUGCGUGUGAUUGAGGAGAGCCUUCACCGGCCCGUAGCGCUACCCCUGGAAGUCCACAUCAUCACCAUGGAGGACGAGUUUCCUGGAGGAGUCAUCGGCCAGCUGCACGCCACUGACGCAGACCCUUACGAUGUCCUGACCUUCGGCCACGCCCCUCCGUCUCAACGCUCCCUCUUCAAGAUCAGUCCGAGAGACGGUAAGAUCAUAGCCCUGGGCGGCCUGGACGCCGGUCGCUACUCCCUCAACGCCAGCGUGAGUGAUGGACGCUUCGCCGUGCCAGUGGCUGUGAGCGUGCACGUGGAGCAGGCAUCACCAGAGAUGCUGCGCGAGGCGGUGACAGUGCGUUUCGAGAGUGUGCAACCACACGACUUUGUGGCCACACAUCUGAAAAACGUGGUGAAAGUUCUGAAGGUUGCCGCGGCGACGCAGAAGCAGGACGCGCUGCACGUGCUCAGUCUGCAGCCCGUGGGCGGGACCAGCCAGCUGGAUCUGCUGGUUGCCGUGGAGACGGCUGGGGGAGGUUUCUACAAGGCAGCGUACCUGACUCAGAAGCUGAGCGCCUCCCGGAGGCAGCUGGAAGAAGUGCUGAGGGUGUCGGCCAUCUUGGAUAAGAACUGUUCUGGGCUGGAGUGUCGCGGGGCCCAGUGUGAGCAGAGCAUUGUGUUGGACUCUCACGCUCUCAUCACCUACAGCACACCCAGGGUUAGCUUUGUGUCGCCACGCUUCCACAGGACCACACGCUGCACCUGCACUGAUGGUAGCUGUCCCCCAGCCUCAGAGUUGUGUGAUGAGCAGCCCUGUCCAGGAGACAUGCAGUGUGUGGGCACAGAGGGCACCAGAGGACCGUAUGCCUGCCAGUGUCCACCAGGGAAACUAGGAGAGUGUGCAGGUCACACGUCUCUGAGUUUCUCAGGGAACAGCUAUAUCAAGUAUAAAGUGUCUGAUGGAGGGAAGACAGGAGAGAUGAAGCUGGGCCUGAGGAUCAGAACUCUACAGAGCAGAGGAAUCAUCAUGUACACACACUCUGAUCCCUGCACUAUACUGAAGCUAGAGGAGGGUAAGCUCUGGUUCCAGCUGGACUGUGGGAACAGCCCUGGUAUGCUGGGUAUCUCUGGGAGGCCCAUCAACGAUGGGAACUGGCACACGGUGACUCUGGAGCUCAACCGUAACUUCACCAGUCUGUCUCUGGACGACAGCUACGUGGAGAGGAGAAGAGGACCGCCAAGCUUCCAACCACUAGGAGCAGAUGGGUCUAUUUACUUUGGAGCACAGGUCCAACCUCCUAACUCUCGCAGCCUGACAGACAAGAAGGGCCCUCGGGUGACGGAUGGUUUCCAGGGCUGCCUAGACUCAGUGAUGCUCAACAACAACGAGCUGCCACUGCAGAACAAGAGGAGUCGCUAUGCUGAGGUGGUGGGCCUAACAGAGCUGAAGCUGGGCUGUGUUCUCUACCCCGACGCCUGCCUGAAACAGCCCUGCCUCCACGGAGCCACCUGCACCAGCCUGCCCUCCGGUGGUUUUGCCUGUAGUUGCGGUCCCCAGUACACUGGGGGGCGCUGUGAGACUGAGAUCACGGCAUGCGUUCCCAACCCCUGCCACAACAGCGGUGUGUGCAAAGCCAUCGGCAACGCUUUCCUCUGCAGCUGCAGGAGAGGUUUCAAGGGCAUCACGUGCGAGGAAGACAUAAACGAGUGUGAGCGGGGCGGAGCCAUGGGCGGCGAAGCAGAAUGUGAGAACGGCGGUGUGUGUGUCAACACGCAUGGCUCGUUCUACUGCAACUGUACGGCGGGCUUCGUGGGCCAGCGCUGCGGCCUGCGGCCCGUGGUGGUACCAGACAUGCAGGCUGGACACUCCAUGGUGGGGAAAGAAGAACUGAUUGGCAUUGCUGUUGUCCUCUUCGUCAUCGUCACCCUAAUCAUCCUCUUCAUCGCCUUCCGUAAGAAGGUGUUCCAGAAGAACUACUCCCGUAACAACUUGACACUGGUCCAAGAUCCAGCAACAGCAGCUCUGUUAAACAAGGCCAACGGGGUUCAGUUCAAGACCCUGCGCUGCACGCCGGGAGACCCCUUGAACCUGUACGCCGAAGCGGGGCUGUGCGCCACGGUGAUAGGUGGUGGAGCUGGGAUGCUUGGCCCGCCCCAGGUACCUGUGAGGCCCAUGGCGUACACACCCUGUUUCCAAGGCGAUCCGCGGUCCACGCUGGAGAAGAUGGCGGACGGGAGAGGCGUGGAACACACUGAGAUGAGCACCUUCCACCCAGAGUCACCCAGGAUUCUGGGAGGCACGGCGCGGAGGGGGGUGGUGGUGUGUAGCGUGGCGCCCAACCUGCCACCUGUCUCACCCUGUCGUUCUGACUGUGACUCCAUCCACAAGAGCCCCUGGGACAGCGACGAGGGUAAAAUGGUAGAUAUGGGUGAAGAGAUGACCUGUUUCUCAGGGAGCAACAAGGGCAGCAACUCUGAGGUCCAAUCACUGAGCUCCUUCCACUCCGACUCCUGCGACGACAACACCUCCAUAGUGACCGUCAUUCGACUGGUCAAUGAUGCAGUCGACACUAUUGAAAACGAAGUGUCAGUCAUGGAUCAAGGUCAGAGCUACAACAGAGCAUAUCACUGGGACACGUCUGACUGGAUGCCCAACUCACGGCUGCCCGACAUCGAGGAGGUGCCCAGUUACGAGGCCAGCGGCCUGGCAGGCCACGGAGACAUGGUUGCCUCAGCCUCCCGAUUGCGGGGCAGCUCUCGCCUGGGGGGCAGCGCCCGGGAACUGGAUUCAGACUACUACCUCGGGGGCUACGACAUCGACAGUGAUUUCCCACCUCCUCAUGAGGAAGAGUUCCUGACCCAGGACCAGCUCCCUCCUCCCCUCCCCACUCCCCUGGAGGAGUACCAGGAGCACCCCUACGACACCCUUCCCGCCACCCAGCCCGCCUCCAAGGAGAGCACCCUGAGUGGGAGUGGUAGUGGCAGCACCGGACGCCACAGAUCCCCCCGCCCACACUUCCACCCCAGCCAAUACCUGCCCCCACACCAGCUGCCCCUGGGGGAGGCGGGGCAAGGUGGGCCGGGAGGGGAGGAGUUCAGCACUUUUGUGGGUAGGGCGAUCAUGUCAGGAGGCGGGGACAUGGAUGAUAAUGUGUCGCUGAAUAGGAGGUUGUCAGUGAACGCGUCAUCGGCCUCGGACUUGUCGGCCCCCUGCGGUUUUGACGACUCGGAGGCGGGCGGUAGUGACUUUGACAGUAUGGAUGAGCUCCACCGGGGUGGGACACACACCAUAGAGAUGCAGCAACAGACUGAGGUCUGAGGUCUGACUGGGCCCCACCGUGGGGUCAAGGAGAGUGGCAAGGGGACAGGUGGGCAUGAGUGCAGGACAGAGAGUGCUGGAGUAGGAAGUGGACGCUGUGUCGAGCUGUGCAGGUUCCUCUGGACUGAGUAAUGAAAGAUGGAGGUAGUCACUCAGAGGGGAAUGAUUGGUGUUUAAUGGACACACUGCUAGAUAGUGGCUACGUCAUCAAAACAGUGCCACCCUAACCCUUCAACCACUGCCAUUGCAAACAGUAACCUCAAACCACCUCACCCAUUGCAGGCUUUAUCCUUAAACCACUUUUCUUCAUUCCAAGCCACUACCCUUAUUCAUGACCCUUUAGCCACUACCCUUAAGCUAAUACCAAGCCGCAUGCAAUGGAAAGCAAUGUGUUUCGACACAUUAGUACCUACAGCUGGCCAUCAUCAUAGCCACUACCCUAGCAGUGGCCUGUGUCAAGAUCAGAUGAGUGUUAUCCUCUUCCGUAGCGAGGAACAGAAAGCCUACCAGAUAUGUUGAGUAAGUAUGAAAACAGGGUGAGAAUGUGAAUAAGAAAGAUUACGUUUUAAAAAAUACAGAUUUUAAGAGCCAAGUGCAGAGAAAAUGGAUGAGCUAGUGCAGAGAAAAUGGAUGAGCUAGUGCAGAGAAAAUAGAUGAUCUCGUGCAGAGAAAAUGGACGAGCUAGUGCAGAGAAAAUGGAUGAGCUAGUGCAGAGAAAAUAGAUGAGCUCGUGCAGAGAAAAUGGAUGAGCUAGUGCAGAGAAAAUGGACGAGCUAGUGCAGAGAAAAUGGACGAGCUAGUGCAGAGAAAAUGGAUGAGCUAGUGCAGAGAAAAUGGAUGAGCUAGUGCAGAGAAAAUGGAUGAGCUAGUGCAGAGAAAAUGGAUGAGCUAGUGCAGAGAAAAUUGAUGAGCUAGUGCAGUAAAAUGGAUGAGCUAGUGCAGAGAAAAUGGAUGAGCUAGUGCAGAGAAAAUGGAUGAGCUAGUGCAGAGAAAAUGGAUGAGCUAGUGCAGAGAAAAUGGAUGAGCUAGUGCAGAGAAAAUGGAUGAGCUAGUGCAGAGAAAAUGGAUGAGCUAGUGCAGAGAAAAUGGAUGAGCUAGUGCAGAGAAAAUGAACAAGGUAGUGAAUCAAGAAAAGAUGAAGAAUGUUUGGUAAAAAGAAAAGAAGACAAUAUUGUAAUUGAAUGGUCAGUACUGUGAUAUGGCCUUCUCUUUCUGCUCAAAGCAGAUGUGAUUGUUUUUAGCUGCACACAGCUUCCCUGUCCUACCUCUCACUAUACCUGCCAACCCACAGAGGCCCAAAAAGGACUUCUCCCUAACCAGGAUGCGGGGGGGGAGGGGGGGGGUACACACAUCCACACACUGCUCAUGCAUAGCCUGUACAAAAUUUGUGAAAUAGAAAUGGAAGAAGAUUUUUUGUAUGAUUAUCCACUCUAAGAAUGCCAUUUGGAUUGAUGUGAAAUAUGUUUAUUAUUACCCCUAGUCCAAACGUCCACCCCUGAAAUCAUUCCUGUGACGCCAUGAGAGUUUAGCCAUCCUUCUGUCCCACCACAUGCUAAACUGCUAUCUUGCCGCUCUUCUUUUCUGUCAAGUAAUUUUGCUUUAAUGAUGUUUUAUGAUCUUUAUUGUUUUGCACUAGUAUCUUUAGAUUUUUGGUUUUGAUGGUUAUUACAUGAAACGUGCUAUAUUAUUGAAAUCCUCCAAAGGACAUUAUCAUGAUAUGUAAUUCUGGCCCAGUUCAAUUAGCAUAAUAAGCAAUGAGGAAUUUUUAUGUUGGUCAUUUUCUUUUCACUAAAGUCCCUGAUUUUCAAAUAGAUUUGAAAAAAAUGGCAAUUCACAUAGUUUUCUUGAGCUAUUACAUUUCCGAGCAUGCAACCCAAUGUAUUUUCUUUCCCUUCCUUGUUCUCCUUCUGUCCCAUGUUGUUUUACACUGAGCAGGUUUCAUAGAGUCACUCCAGUAUUUCCCAAAGCCAUAACAGCAAUAGAUUGACAGGUGGAUGAGGAGUAGGGUCCGUGCACAAUGCAAAUGCAUUCUGGGAAAAUAAAAUAAUAAUGUAACAUCCCAUCACAACGGCCAUCACAACGGCCGUCACAACGGCCGUCACAGCGGCCAGGCACUGUUGCAUCAUGGGUGUAGUCAGUUGCUGUGUUCCAUUUUGGUUCUGUCCGCUUAAAAAAAUUAUAUAAACAACGGUCACUAACAAUGGCUUAUUCUAAACACAUCUCUAUCGCUCCAGGACAGAAGGACAGAUAACAAAACAGAUGAGUGUCGUAUUAGACUUGGAGUUGUAUUGGACUUGGAGUUGUAUUGGACUUGGAGUUCUAUUGUAAUAUAAUAUACCUGAUCCAGUCGGGCAAGAUUUUUUUGUAAAAGAUGUAAGUUUGUGUUAAAAUCUUUGUACAGUGUACAUAGAUAUCUGGGUUGUUAAAAUGCUGAUUUUGUAGAUAUUGAAUUGCAAUCCUGACCACCUUUCUUUAAGUUUCUUGUUUUUGUUCGAUGUGAAUGUGGACAAUAAGAGACCAUGAUAAAUCAGUCAUUUAACCUCAUCUCCCCUCCUCUGUUGGCCUUUCGCCUAAAGUAUUAUUUUAUUGUUUCAUUAACUUUUGCUUUAAAACAUAAAAAGCCUUUCAAUAGACUAGUUAGAACUUGCACAGUAUUAAAUGCACAAAACCUGCUUUAAAUUACAUCCCGGUGUUUUUUCUUUUUUGUUUAAAAUCCUCUGGUUUCUGUUUCUUUUCAAUGAUUUUAGGUAGUAUUGAAAUAUGUCUAAUCUAACUGCAGCAAUUGAGUGUACAGAAUUAGUUAUUUUUUAACUGCUUUUUUGUUUUUUAAAUCAAUGCUGAAAAUAAAAAAGGUUAUUGAUCA